UGUAAUAAAUAGGAGACAGCUACGGUGAUCCAACUAAACCAACAGGGGAUUUUCAUCAGCACUUCCCUGGUGUAAUCAUGGUACAGAUUAUUAAAGACAUGAAUGAAUUUAAAACAUUUUUGACAGCUGCCGGACACAAACUCGCAGUGGUUCAAUUUUCUUUGAAACGGUGUGGUCCCUGCAAAAGGAUGUUUCCUGUUUUCCAUGAGCUGGCUGAAACUUGUCACAUCAAAACAAUACCCACAUUUCAGAUGUUCAAGAAAAGCCAGAAGGGCUUCAUCUCCAGGCCUACACCAACCAGUGAACUCCAUCCCCAUCAGAAAUGGACCCUUGACUCCAGUCAAGCCAAUCCAAGUCAAACCAGAGCUAAUUUCAGGACUUUGCUUAAGCAGCUAGGUAAAUAAUCUUCUCUUUUGAUAUCACUGGAUUUGAAUUUGGGAAGAUAUGAGUCUGAAGCUACUACAGCUUGUCACCAUGUAAAACCUGAAAACGAAUCUACCACACAGAAGAAAACAGAGUCAAGCCAAGAGGUACUAAUGGCAUUGACUGCACCCUGAAUCCAUCCAUGCCUGAAGCCUACACUAUCCCCAUAGAUUCUUCAGCUAUGUAAACUCUGGGUUGGUUUCUCUGUCACUUGCAACCCAAAAAAUUCUGAUGAACAUAUCUGGUGUUCUCCCAGGCUACUCUCCUUCAUUUCAUGGUGUAAUUGUUAAAAGAGUAGAAUAUAUUUGCAGUUUCCAAUUCUCAUUUUCCACUCAUUCCCUCAUCUAUCUAUCUAUUUAUCUUUCUGUCCUCUCUAAAGUCACCAAGGAUCUCCCUGCACCUAAUUUAAAUAGCCAUUUCUCAAUUCUUGAUUCCUUAGCUACACGGAAGCACCAUUAACUAAUGAGCUUCUAUAUUCUGGAAAUUUUCUUCUCUUUUGACUUUAUCCCUCAUCCCUCCCUAUGCUCUCCUCUGGCUUGUCUCCUGUUAUAGUCAAAUAUAUCCGUUUUGGGUAUCUAUCUUUUUGGUUCAAUCCAUUUCCCAUUCUACCUCUCUCCUUUAGCAAUGUCAUUCCUACUUCUAGUUCCAUCUAUAAAUACUUUUUUACUUAGACAAUUGCAAUGCCCCCUCCUCACCCUCAACUUAGCACCAUAUCUCUGUUCUCAUCUCCAGAUUUGUGCACAGCUCCCUGUAUGGCAUCCCCUUUUUUAACAUGUGAUGCCCUCCCCCUCCAUUGCCUAUAGAAUCAAGGCUAAACCAUUGUAUUUAAGGCUGGCAUUCAAGUUUCUCCAUAAUUUUGACCCAAUCUACUGCUCCAAGCCUUUAUCUGUUUAACUCAGAUCUUCAUGUAUUUUUCUCAUACUAGUCCAAGCACCUGAAGGAGGUCAUGUCUGAUUUGAAAGCUCAGUGUCUAGAAGAAUCCCAAGUGGAUAGAAAAUACUCAUCGUGUGUGUGAUGAGUGAGUGAGUGCAUGAAUGAAUGAAUGAAUGCUUCUGUUUUUUCCCUGCAUCCCACUGCCAGCUCAGCCUCCCCUCCUGAUUCUGUCCUGGUACCAAUCUGAUUCAGGUCAAGUUUCUCUCCAGUUCAGUAUAAUUUUCUGGUUUUAUUCCUUCUGCUGCUGAUAUUGUUUGGUAGCUGCUGCCACUCAACAGUUUUUACUCCAUUUUAUGAUGACACAAGACUCUGAGUUCUCAACUGAUUAUGUGUCUAUGCUCUUGAACCAAUCCAAGCUAUGCUUUUGAGGAAAGGCAUGGCCCUGCUUGGUCUCAAUUCUGUAUGGGGAUGGAAGCGCCCUCAAUAAGCUGGGGAGAGAGGACAUUUAUAAACAAUUAUAUCUUAACUGGUCUCUAAUGGAUAUGUAUCUCUUUUGAAUUGAUAGAUCCUGCAUUCCAGAGAUCACUAAAGAUCUCAAAUCUGAAUUUUCUGCCAGGCAGCUAUUAGAAAACAAAGUGAACAA